UUGUGCUAACCCUCGCAGUCUGAGUGGAGACCGACAAAUAAGAGAAGGCAAGCGUAGUUUUCACAUAAUACAUAGACUAUAACUACAGCCGUGGAGCUUCUGGAGUGAAUGGGACAGGAUGCUUAAAAUGAGAACACUAGUUUUGACACUUUUUUGUGGCGUCUGGUUCGCUGCAUUUUUCGCAGAGAUAAGUUGUGAAGAUGAGCGUCCAAUACCCGAAGACAAACUUCUCGUGUUGACUGUGGCGACGAAGGAGACAGAUGGCUUCCGGCGCUUUUUGAGGUCUGCUAGGCACUUUAAUUACACAAUCAAGGUGUUGGGAAGGGGGGAGAAAUGGAGAGGUGGGGACUACAUGUCGGCGCCCGGGGGAGGCCAGAAAGUGCGCCUUCUCAAAUCGGCCCUGGAAAAAAUGAAGGAGGAGGACCGGGUUGUCCUGUUCAUUGACAGCUAUGAUGUUGUCUUUGCCUCGGGCCCGAAAGAGCUGCUGAAAAAGUUCCAACAGGCCAGGCACAAGGUGGUGUUCUCUGCAGAGACCCUCAUCUGGCCAGAUCGCCACCUGGAGGACAAGCACCCGCACUUCAGGGAGGGCAAGAGGUUCCUAGGCUCUGGAGGAUUCAUUGGUUAUGCGCCUAACCUCAAAGAGAUGGUUGCAGACUGGACAGGAAAAGACAAUGAGAGCGAUCAGCUUUUUUUUACCAAGAUUUAUAUCGACCCAGAAAAGAGGAAAUCUAUAAAUAUAACCGUGGACAACAAAUGCAGAUUGUUUCAGAAUCUUCAUGGAGCGCUAGAUGAGGUGGUGCUGAAGUUUGAGGAUGGGCGGGUGCGAGCGAGGAAUGUGCUGUAUGAUACUCUGCCUGUUAUUGUCCAUGGCAACGGGCCCACGAAGCUCCAGAUAAACUACCUGGGCAACUACAUUCCCAGGUCAUGGACAUUUGAGACAGGCUGCACUAUAUGUGAUGAGGACCAGAGGCCGCUGUCAGGGCUCAAGGAGAGCGAUUACCCGCUGGUAGUCAUAGGAAUCUUCAUCCAGCAGCCCACCCCUUUCGUCACAGUGUUCUUCGAGCGCCUGCUGAAACUCAAAUACCCCAAAGACAGACUGAAGCUCUUCAUUUACAAUCACGAACCACACCAUGAAAAACACGUCAGCACUUUCCUGAAGGAUCAUGGGACAGAGUACCAGGCGGUGAAAGUGAUUGGUCCAGAGGAGGAGAUAGAUAGCAUAGCAUCACGCAAUAUAGGAUUUGAUGUUUGCCGUCAGGACAGCGACUGCGAGUAUUUUUUCAGCAUAGAUGUGGAAGUGGUUCUAAAGAACGCUGACACCCUCAAGAUUCUCAUUGAGCAGAAUCAGCCCAUCAUCGCCCCCAUGAUCACCAGGCCAGGCAGACUAUGGACCAACUUCUGGGGCGCACUCAGUGCUGACGGGUACUACGCCCGGUCCGAGGACUACGUGGACAUCGUGCAGGGACACAGGGUUGGCAUCUGGAACGUCCCUUACAUAUCCCACGUGUUCCUGGUGAAGGGCAGCGUCCUCAAGACUGACCUCUCUGCCAGCGACCUCUUCUAUUCUGAAACCUUGGACCCUGACAUGGCCUUCUGCCACAACGUGCGAAACCAGGGAGUCUUCAUGUUUGUCAGCAACAGACACAAAUUUGGACGUAUACUGUCCACGGAAAACUACCAGACCACUCACCUGCACAAUGACCUCUGGCAGAUCUUCGAAAACCCGCUGGACUGGGAAGAACGUUACAUUCAUGCAAAUUACAGUCGGAUAAUGAAAGACAAUCUGAUAGAAACUCCAUGUCCUGAUGUGUACUGGUUUCCCAUAUUCACUGACGUUGCCUGUAAUCACCUUGUGGAAGAAAUGGAACAUUUCGGAAAGUGGUCUGGAGGCGGCAAUGUAGACACAAGGAUCCAAGGAGGUUAUGAAAAUGUGCCCACAAUUGACAUCCACAUGAAUCAGGUUAACUAUGAGAAAGAAUGGCAGAAAUUCUUACUGGAGUACGUAGCUCCCAUCACAGAGAAAAUGUACCCAGGAUAUUACACAAAGGCUCAGUUUGAUUUGGCCUUUGUAGUUAGAUAUAAACCAGAUGAACAGCCGUAUUUAAGGCCCCAUCAUGACGCAUCAACCUUUACUAUAAAUAUUGCACUCAACCAAAUGGGGAGUGAUUACCAGGGUGGGGGAUGCCGGUUUUUGCGAUACAACUGUUCCAUCCAGGCCCCACGCAAAGGGUGGGCCCUAAUGCACCCGGGGCGUCUAACCCACUACCAUGAAGGGCUCCCCACGACUGCGGGCGUCCGAUACAUCGCUGUCUCCUUCGUGGACCCCUGAAACAGCCUGUGCCUCUUCACUUAUUCUUUUAAUCUUAUUUUAAUCAUGUCAGCUUUUUUGCUAAAGACACAGGAGAACUCAGGCCAAAUUCACCCAUAAGCCAGAAGAGCUCAACCAAAGACUUGAAGGGGGGGCGGGGGACUUUGGCGAAGAAAUUCUGCUGCAAAAGGCAGUUGUAUGUUUUGAUGAAAUUGUGCUUUUAGUGUGUAAAUGAAAUGUUUCUCGAGUUUUUUGUUGUUCAAAACUUUGCCUGUAUUGUACUGGAGCAUUGUAUGUCAUUUGUCUAGACACUCCUAACUCAGGCAUUUUGCUGUUGAGAUAUACUAUGCAGUUUGCUAGUGGAUAAGGAUAAUCAGUGUACGAGAAGACUCUGAUAUUUAUUUCUUUUUAAAUGAUGCAUAUGUAAUAUUGAGAAAGUUACAAAGAAUCAAGAUUUAAUGUGCCUUUUUGUUGUGUGAUAGACUUUCUACACACAGACCCCCAGACCAGAGAACUUUAGGCAUUUUAU